CCCACUGUAGAGCUGUGUUCCACUCACUCUAGUUACUUACUAGUUCUAGAUCAAAACUUUCAGCAUUGACUCAAAAAAAAGUUAGAAACUUGACAUGGGCUUUGAAACGCCUUAGAAAAUAACAUAACGAAGACGAAAUGAAAACUUUUGGGAUUAGGAAAAAAAACGCAAAACAAUGGGGAAGACCUGAGGCAGAAUGGAGACUAUUAAACAUAUUGUCCUGUAUUACGACAUGGUUCUUUAUGUGAGUCCUUAAGUGGAAACUCCAGAGUCUUAAUAAGAACUGCAUGGUUCCAGUAUGAAAGUCAAUUAAGUUGUUUUCCAAGAAGUGUGGUUGCGCAGAAUGGUGCAAGUGUGGCUUUCUACUGGACUUUAAAGGCAGAAAAAGGAAUUCUAUAACCUGGAUUUACAAUGAGGCCAAAGACGUUCCCUGCCACUUCGUACCCUGGGAACGGCCGCCAGAGACUGCAGGAAAUCCGAGAGGUACUGAAACCACCUCCCAUGCCUUCAGGCCAGAGCCUGCCUUGCGAAAGUCAGCCUGACUCGAAAGCCUCAGCAGGGAAGGACGCAGCUAGGCAGCAGCAAAUUAGAGCAGGGCCCAAAUUUGGCCCAUAUCAGAAAGCCCUGCGAGAGAUCAGAAACUCAUUGCUGCCAUUUGCAAAUGAAACUGGACACUCAACAAGUGUAGAAGUGAACAAACAGAUGCUGCAGGAGUUGGUGAAUGCAGGAUGUGACCAGGAAAUGGCCAUUCGUGCUCUGAAGCAGACAGGCAGCAGAAACAUUGAUGCAGCCUUGGAUUACAUCAGUAAAAUGGGAUAUCUGGAUCCAAGGAAUGAACAGAUAGUGCGUGUAAUCAAGCAGACUUCCCCAGGAAAAGGUAGUGGGUCAGGUCCUGCGGAUCACAGGCCAGUAUUAGAGGGACCGAGUGAUGCAAUGUCUCACUAUCAUCAAAUAGGGAAUCCAGGUGGCUAUGGAGCAGAAAGUGCAAACAUGAUGGGAGAGAUACCAAGGCCGUACAUGAAUGUUCCAGUAGCGAACUACGUCAUGCCCUCAUCACAGGUUCCAGCCAUAGGCAACGCAAUGCAGAGACCCUCGAGUAUCGGUCCAUACACAAUGAUGUCUGCUCAGAAUCCGCCAGGGAAUUCCAUGUACCUUGCCUGUGAUCUCAAGCACCAGCAGAAGCCAUACCCCGCAAACAUGGAGCAGGCCAUGAUGAUCUAUUCCAUUCCCAGCCACAGUGGACAGCCCUUGCAACUGCAAGGAGCUCCAGGUCCAGCCAGCCCACAUUAUGUCAGACAGCACAUGAUGGGGCCUGCUGAGACAUCAGGGUACGGUGUGAAGAGGAGCCCUUCCUUUCAAAAUAAGAUUCAGCAGGAGAGCAAUUAUGGAAGCCUGCAGAGCAAAGGAUCACUGGGUCAGAACAGCACAGGGUAUUCCUUCCAGCAGUCACCAUCCAACCUAUACCUUCCACCGCACGCUCAUCACAGGCAGUCAAGCCCUACCUCUCACCAGGUGCACAUGAUCUCCAGAGCUUCAGCAAUGGGGACCGAUUUCCAAGAUGUCCCCCAGAACCUAUUGACUCCAUCCAGAGCCAGCUUAAAUAUGGACCUCUAUGACCACCAGGUACAGCACUGGGUAACACCGUCCCCAACCAGACAUGAAUCCCUACCUAACCCUGGACCAGAGGCUCAGGUCAGGCAGCAGCAGGGGCCCUUCAGAGGAGAAGUCCAUGGGCCCAGCAGAAGCAGUUCCUUCAAAAAGGUGCAUGUGACAGUAAGGCAACCAGACACUUCCCUUGCCCCACCCAACACUAUCACUGCAGUAACAUCGGCCCCUAUCCUACAGCCUGUGAUCAGCAUCAGGGUCAUGAGGCCAGAGCCAGAGAUUGCAGUGGGGCCUUGUCACCCUGGAUGGCUGCCAGCCCAGUCACAGGUUUUAGAGAAUUCUGAACUGAUGGAGCAGCAUUCCUAUCCAGCAGCUGGGGCUGAAGCCUAUAGUGUUGAACCCAUUGACUGUGCUGUCCAAGAACCAAGGUGCCCUCCUCCACCAUACCCCAAAAACUUGCUGCUUCCAAGUAACUCAGAGCAGCAGAUAGAGAACAACACUUGGGUUGUCCCUAGCUUAGUCUCUAAUACGUCUGAAGACACAAGCGGUGGAGAGAAGAACGACAAGGCCAGCAGCAAGGAUGGCAAAGCAGAGAAGGCCAUGAAGGAUAAGAAGCAGAUUCAGACGUCCCCUGUGCCAGUACGUAAGAAUGCAAGAGAUGAAGAGAAGAGGGAGUCCCGCAUCAAGAGCUACUCUCCUUUUGCUUUCAAGUUCUAUAUGGAACAACACAUAGAGAAUGUCAUGAAAACGUACCAGCAAAAGCUCAAUAGAAGAAUACAGCUUGAACAAGAAAUGUCAAAGGCAGGGCUUUCUGAGGCAGAACAGGAACAGAUGAGGAAGAUGCUAUACCAGAAGGAGUCCAACUACAACCGACUCAAAAGAGCGAAAAUGGACAAGUCCAUGUUUGUGAAAAUCAAAACUCUGGGCAUUGGUGCUUUUGGAGAAGUGUGUCUCACUCGGAAAGUGGAUACAAACGCAUUAUAUGCCAUGAAGACCCUGCGAAAGAAGGAUGUCCUGAACCGCAACCAGGUGGCUCACGUGAAGGCUGAGAGGGACAUCCUUGCUGAGGCCGACAAUGAGUGGGUGGUAAAGCUGUACUACUCCUUUCAGGACAAGGAUAACCUCUACUUUGUCAUGGACUACAUCCCAGGAGGGGACAUGAUGAGCCUUCUCAUUCGCAUGGGGGUCUUCCCAGAGCAGCUGGCCAUGUUCUACAUUGCCGAGCUUACACUAGCCAUUGAGAGCGUGCACAAGAUGGGAUUCAUCCACCGCGACAUCAAACCUGACAAUAUCUUGAUUGACCUGGACGGGCACAUCAAGCUCACCGACUUCGGUCUCUGCACUGGCUUUCGCUGGACCCACAAUUCCAAAUACUAUCAAAAAGGGAGCCACAUCAGACAAGACAGUAUGGAGCCCAGCAAUUUGUGGGACAAUGUGUCUAAUUGUCGCUGUGGAGAUCGGUUAAUGACACUUGAGCAGAAAGCUGCCAGGCAGCACCAGAGGUGCUUAGCACAUUCCUUAGUGGGGACUCCCAACUACAUUGCUCCUGAGGUGCUCCUACGAAAAGGCUAUACACAGCUUUGUGACUGGUGGAGUGUUGGUGUUAUCCUCUUUGAAAUGUUGGUAGGGCAACCUCCAUUUCUGGCCUCAACACCCACAGAAACUCAGCUAAAGGUAAUUAACUGGGAAAACACACUCCAGAUCCCACCGCAGGUUAAACUUAGCCAGGAGGCGGUAGAUAUAAUCAGCCGCCUGUGCUGCGCUGCUGAGGAGAGACUUGGGCGCAAUGGGACAGGAGAGAUCAAAGAACAUUCUUUCUUUGAGAAGGUGGAUUUCUCCAGCAACCUGCGUACACAGCCUGCGCCCUACCUUCCUAAGAUCAGCCACCCCAUGGACACCUCCAACUUUGACCCAGUGGAAGAAGACAGCCCAUGGAAGGACAGCGGUGACAGCACUAAGACCUGGGAUACACUCGGCUCCUCUCACAGCAAGCACCCAGAGCACGCCUUCUACGAGUUCACCUUUCGCAGGUUUUUUGACGACAACGGUUGUCCUUUCCGCUACCCUAAACCCCCUGAGAAUGCGCAAAGUAGCCAGGAUCAGACAGACAGAGAGAACCAAGAUUCAGAGGAUCAGUGUGAAGGCUGUGAACCCGUAUAUGUGUAACACAAGGGCGACACACAAUAUGAGGAACACGUCUUGAAAGCUAGUGCUUGUAAACACUGGUGAGAGCUGAAUCUUCAAGUCUGAAAUUCUAAAAGAAAUUGUUCUUGUGCCACAGGUUUUGGUGGGGAAUCGAAAAUAGACUUCUCCAUUCAAACUGACACAUACGCUCACCCAUUCGCAAACACAAAGGAAUGACUUGCAAGCUUUUCACAGUCCUAGUAUAUAAAGUACAAGUAAUUUACAAAUGUAUUAUCCAACUUUUUGUUUUCUCCUUAAAUUUUCAAAUUUACCAUGAAACCACUGUAGAGGGAUUGACAGAAAAAGGACAUCAUACAAAUGUCCUACAUUCACACACAGCAAAAAUGUCAGAUCCUGACCCUCAGUUUAACUUGACACAGUGGAAUUAUUUUCAAUUGGAAAACAGUGAGAAUAGUGCAUGGGAAAAGUUUUUUUUCCAGGUAAAGUAUCCCGUGGUCAGGUUCACUUUAUAGUAAAAUAUCAUUCUUGGUGAUUUGUUUACUUCAUCCUUCCACAGUUUACCAUUCCAUACACGUCGCUUCAACAGGAACCAGGGUCUACAGCAGUGGUCCUCAAAGUGAUGCCCGCGGGCAAAUUCGUGCCCGUGAAGCCAGGCCAUCGUGCCCGCGGCAGCUGUU